CACCACCCCCGACUCCGCUCCACAUCACAACCAAGAAUGUCGUGAACAGCCUAAAUUUUCCGCAAUGUGCGGAAUCCUCUAUUCCAUUUCCUCAGCCCCCCGCUCACCCUCGGCCGACCACAUUGCGCUGAUCUCCCACCGCGGCCCCGACGCCAUACGCACCCGUGUCGUCCACCGGAACGGACGGACGCAAAGUUUCACCUCCAGUCUCCUCUCGGUGCGCGGCUCCACCCCCAUUCCACAGCCAUUGGAAGAUCCAACGACGGGAUCAGUACUCUGCUGGAACGGCGAGGCAUGGCGGAUAACCGGUGUGCCACUCCCACCGGGGGAGAACGAUACACUGGCGGUGUUCGAAUUGCUUUUGGCGCGCGGGAUAGAUGGGCUUCGUGAACUUGAGGGGGAGUUUGCGUUUGUCUUCUACGAUGCGCCGUUGGGCGUAUGCUGGUUUGGGCGCGAUUGGGCCGGGAGGAGGAGUUUGGUCAUGCGGAGGGAGGAGGAUACGCUGAUGGUUGCGAGUGUCGGCGAUGAUAAGGGCGGCUGGGAAGAGAUUGAGACGGGGGGUGUGUGGAGGUCUGAUGUUGUUUCAGGGGAAAUGAUCUGGCAUACGCUAGGAAAAGAUGCGGAGAUGUUAUAUGAGGUUCCAAAGAUGAAUAUGGCCCUUCCUACUGUCGACGAUGAGUCCGCUAUCCUCAACAUCGACUCUCCCGAGGUUUCAUCGCUCCACGAUGCGUUAGUCAAGAGCUUGCGGUUGCGUGUGAGAGAUAUUCAACUUCCGCCGGAUACCGAUCUCCACUCUCGCCUGAGGAAAGCCAGGCCUGAAGACGACGUCCGGGUUGCAAUCUUAUUCAGCGGCGGUGUGGAUUGUACCACUAUGGCUCGGAUCGCACAUGAUAUUCUUCCCCCAGACGAGCCAGUGGAUCUCCUCAACGUUGCCUUCGAGAAUCCUCGGAUAGUAGCAGCACGGAACGCAGCAGCGAAGAAGGAGGGCACCAAAGUUGAUGGCACCGAUCCCGUCGAAAUAGACCCCUACGCCCUUUGCCCCGAUCGUACAACCGGUCUCUCUUCCUUCCACGAACUCCGCAAAACGUGUCCUACUCGGUUCUGGCGUUUCAUAUCCAUCAAUGUCCCGUACACCGAACUUCUCGCGCAUCGCCCUACGGUGAUCCACCUGAUGCAUCCACACAACACCGAAAUGGACCUUUCCAUCGCCCUCGCAUUCUACUUCGCCGCACGCGGCCAAAGCGACGACUACACCACUCCCGCGCGGAUCCUCCUCUCCGGCCUCGGUGCAGACGAGCUCUUCGGUGGCUACUCCCGGCACUCAACCGCGUUCCGUCGUGCCGGCUACCAAGGUCUCCUCGACGAGCUAAAUCUCGACUUUCUCCGUCUCGGGAAACGUAACCUCGGCCGGGACGACCGCGUAGCCGCGCACUGGGCGAAAGAGAUGCGGUAUCCUUUCCUCGACGACAAGGUCGUGGCGUGGGCAAUGCGCACACCCGUUACCGGAAAGUGUUCCUUCGGCAAGAGCGAAGAUGACGGCAUCGAGAACGGCAAGAAGGUGUUACGACUCCUCGCUAAGAAACUCGGUAUGCCCACUGCCGCCGCGGAGGCGAAACGUGCGGUCCAAUUUGGUGCACGAAGCGCAAAGACGAGUGUUGAGAGCCGGAAAACGAAAGGUACCGACGCGCUCGUCGUCUAAAUACUCAGGUACUCAACUCCCGUCUUUGCAUUUUUGCGGCAGG